UCCGUCCUGCUGUCAUUGUGUAGCUAUAUUUAUAAUCAGACACUGCAAGGAGGUUUUAUGUCAGUUUUUAACUACCGCGGCGACCUGAAUCCGUCUCGUAUUUAAAUUGUUAAAAUUUAACUAAAAGACAUGUCUUAUAAGAACGAUUUACGUCAAUUAUUGAAGCCAUAUUAUUGGUUUAAUAUUUUGUUAAGUGUUUCGUAUGUUGCGUGCAAGCUUACGAGUCCAGCAUGUACAUUUAUGUUCCCAAGUUCGUCAUGUGAAUUAGACAAUCGAGAAACGGAAAUCCUAUUUUUCUUAAUUAUAGUUGUUAUGUUGAGGUCUCGAAAGACCGGGAGUUUGACUAUGAUCAACUAUUUGUCUUCUUCAUUCAUGUACACGAAAAUAGCGAACUUAAUUCUUUGGUUUUACGCUGAUAUAAGAUAUGGUCUCCCAUUUGGAGCUAUUAUCAUCCUCGCAGCCCUCAUCAUCCCGGAGCCAGCGUACCGGGGCAAGGAGUGUGUUACAUACUUCCGAGGCCCUGACUCCCUGGACGAGGAGUUGAAGCAGCGCGGCGUGACGUGGCUGGUGUGUCUGUACGCGGUGUGGCACCCCGCCUGCGUCAACUUCGCGCCCGUCUUCGCUGAACUGUCCGCCAGCUACGCGCUGGACAACUUCAAGUUUGGCAAGCUUGAUGUUGGCAGAUACCCUGGCUCAGCACAGAAGUUCAGGGUGCAGGACGGCCCCACCAGCCGGCAGCUGCCGACUCUCCUGCUGUUCACAGAUGGCAAGCUGCAGAUCCAGAGACCUGAUGCUGACCACACCGGCAAGCUGAAGACAUUCCUGUUCUCCAAAGACAACGUGAAGGCUACUUACGAUCUGGACGGCAUCUACCAGCAGUGCAAGGAGAAGCUCGCGACCGCGAAGUCAGCUAAGAAUGCUAAGGGUGCUAAAAAAGAUGAAUAAAUACAAAAUGGCCGACUGACACGCCCACGGAGACAAGUGACAUUUGUAUAAUGAGACAGAAAUAUUUUUUUUUGUUUUAGCGAGGAAUAUUGAUAGCAUGUCUAUGGAUGUAGGUUCUAAUACUGCUAUGCAAUGUUUAGUUAAGUGCGUAUUACAAAGUAAUUGACAGGUGCUUAAGAUUGACUAGCAAAUAUCCUGAGAAAAUCGGAAAGAAGCGAUUUUUUUAAGAGUGUGUUAAGUCACGUCAGAGGUCUACGGUAACCCAGGAAACUUCAUAAGGAAUAUAUUUAAAAUCAUGGGCGAUUCAAAGGACGCGUACAAUUCUAUAAAUGUCACUUGUUUAGGCUAUUUAUUACACCAGAGGCCAUGCCAUAUUAGUCAUAGUAUUAAGUCAAUUUAGAUAUCACGGGCCAAACAAGAAAAUAAUACAAAGAUUAAGCAUUGUUCACCGCGCUUGUGAUCUGCCCCACGGUGGGGCGCCAUUACCGAAGCUGUUAAUAACACCAGCCUGUAACUGUCCCACUGCAGGCCUCUCAUA